AUGACAGGUCUAAAGAAUACCACUGCUACAAAUAGAUUUUGCAAGGGUAAAGCCAUAGUCACACUGGUGAUACUGACUCCAGACCAACCAAAGACUUCUGUGCAUGAAUGGUAUGGGAGAUACGAGAGGAUUCACCGUCCACAGGAAACAUGGACCAAGUUUGUAAAACAACAAGAGAUUUCAUUGGAGGCAACUGAAUCAAGACUAAAUACAAUCAGCAAGAAGCUUGGUCUAAGACUGCUAGCACCACGGAAGAAGAUCAAUGUCCUUCUAAUUGGUAAUCACUCAGCAGGAAAGAGUUCCUUUAUCAAUUGGUAUGUUGAAGAACAUGUUCAAAGGACGGGAGUUGCCAUCGAGACCCAAGGUUUCUCCUUCAUCACUAGUGGACGUAAACGGGAGUCACUCACUGGAAAUGCCACUCUCCAUCUUUACCCACACUUCAAGGAGCUGGCGAAAUUGGAAGGAGUGGUGGAAUACUUGAACACUGAAGUGAUAACAUCUAAGCAGAAGAAGUUUAGUCUGGUAACCUUUGUAGACACACCAGGGUUAGUGGAUGGUGAUAUGAAGUAUCCCUUUGAUGUGGAGCAGGCUAUCUUAUGGCUAGGUGACCUUGCUGAUCUGAUCUUUGUGUUCUUUGACCCCAUUGGUCAAGCUUUGUGUAAAAGGACAAUGAACCUGGUUGAGAAGCUGAAUGAGAAACAUGCUGACCGGGUCAAGUUCUAUCUUACUAAGGCUGAUGAGGCUGGACAUGAGAGUGACAGACAGCGUGUACUCAUGCAGAUUGUCCAGGAGCUAUGUAAGAGACCUGGUUUAAACCGAGCCGGCUUCAACAUGCCAACAAUAUACAUCCCAACAUUAUCAUCAGGAAAGAGUCGAUGUGUGAACCAGAUAGAAGAGGUUUGUAAGGAUAUAGAGAAAACGAUCAAACAAACCAUUCAGAACACACUCAAUACUCUAGAGACUGAUUGUGAACACAUCUCAAGACUCAUUGAUGAUAAGCUAGAUGAAGACAGGCAAGCAAAUUCCUACAACUUCCGAGCUAAGGGUAAAUCAUUGAUCUUCUACGCCCUUGGAUUGUUGCUUCCAUUUCUUCUGUUCAUUAACUUCUUGGCCAGUACAGUGUCUGAUGAGUUCACAUCAGGUUUACUAGGAGAAGAUGGAGCUACCAUGCUGAAAUCAUACCUGAGUCCUAUAGGAGGUAUUUGGCAUACCAUACCUGUUGAGUAUCAUCUGCAUGCUAUGAUUGGUAUAGCUCUUAUAUGCUUCCUGCUUCUCCUCUUUGCUAAGCUUUCAACAAGAUUAAAGCCUACAUUGAGUCGUAAAGAGAAGAGGUACUUCAGUGAACAGAGAGAGUAUGUACAGAAACAAGUAAAGGGAGCAAAGGAGAAGUUGUACACAGAAUACUUGAACCAAUGUGUAGCUAUCUCUGACCUAAGCUGAAGGACCAUCUCUAUACAUCAACAGAGUACUAAUUAUGUCUACCUUGUAAUAUAAACGAGCCAUUAUUACAAAUCACAAUCACGGCAUGUAAAUAAGAAUGUAAUAAUAAACUGCAGUUGUAUUGAUUGGAUAUGUAUAGAUGAAGGGCCAUGAAGUAACACUUUGAAAUAUAGUGAUAGAUAAUAAGUAAGGUUUUCAUAGCGCACUUUUCAUCUUAAUUAGGUGCUUAAGGCACUCAGCAAAUUUACAACAAAAUUGUUAGCUUACUGAUUAAUGAAGAUGUGAAUUUGGAAUCGAUUUUAAGUUCAUAUUUUACAAUUUCAUUAUUUGAAAUUAUGAAAUGAUUAAAAUAGAAGUACUUUUGAUAACUUAAUGUAUGAAAUUAUGCUGCAUAUGAUUAUUAGCCUCCCUUUAUAACUUCAUUCUGUAUAAUAUCCCUAGCUAUGUGGUGUAACCAGGGUCGGGAGUUUCAACAAAGAUCGAAACUCUUAAGAAUCAGAGAACUUCAAAUCCUAUUGAUAACCAUUUAAAACAAAUAAAGCGGAUUAUUCAUUAGAUAGACCUUUUCAAGUUCUCAGGUAGAAAAUUCUAUUUGCAAAGAAGUACCAUAUGUUUAACAUGUCAAGUUCAUUGACAAAUGAUUUUUGUUUUGAAAAGAUUGAGCUGAAUAUUUGAAUUUUUUAAAUUAACUUGCAUAAAAUAUUAUUAGUGGUAUAGAGAACAGUAGUUAUCAAUUAUUCUUUUAAUAGCAAUUCCAGAGACCUUUUAUCAUGCAAUCAAAUUUGAGACCAAAUGUUUAAAUAAAUGAUCUGUAACUUUGGAUAUUUGUAUUAAAAAGGAGAAUAUUGAAUUAAUUAGUUGUGGUGUAUUCGAUAAUCCAUUCACAAGUUAUAAAAUUAUAUCACUAUCAACUUUGAAAGAAGUAAUGUUUAACUAUAUAAGAUUACGCUUUAGGCAUUUACAGUUUUCACUGAAAUGAAAUAUUAAAAAAAGCAAGAUGAUAAUCAUUUGAAUUUAAUUGAAUGUUUGUCAUCUCACAUUUCUUAAGAUAAUCAACUGAUUUAAGAAUUUUCUUUAGAAUUAGAAACUGAAAGGAGGAGGGUUUGUGAGUAAUAUAUUAUUUUAAUCAUUUUGUGUAGUAUAAAAUGUAUUGACAGCACAAAAUAAUCUUUAAGGUCUGUAUAUGAAAAGAAGCAGUAUAGAUUUAAUUUUUUUUUGAAGUGACAUGUCUGGUUUAAAAAUGUUUGCCCAAGCAAGUUGUGUUUAAAAAAUCACCAUGAUUGUUUUUUUUUAUAUAAAAAUGCUAAGUGCCUCUUAUCUGAAGUAUUUUGUACAGAGAAAAUUAUUGAUAAAGUAUAUUAAGUAUUACCUUCUCAUCAUUAUCUCCAGCUAUCAGUUUUUAAGAUCUCAAUUUACCAUACUUUUGUGUGGGUCAAUCAACGUUUAAAAAUGACAAUCUAAUUAAAUUUUUCUAAGUUAAUUGGUUUUUGUUUAAAGGAUCAAGAAUUAUGACCUAUUCCAGUUGGAAUUUGGAGAAUGUUCUAUACAGGUUACAGAUAAAAAAAUUGUCUAUAAGAUUACUUUCUCAAUGGAUUGGCUAUGGGAUCUGGGUCAUCCCUGUACAGAUGAUAAUUCGAGUAUUCAGUGUGAGUGAGUGACUAUCAAUUUCCCUAUUUCAAUCUCCAAAUGUUUUAUUUCCAACCACAAUGAACCUAAAAUUUCUAGCUGUGUAGGUUUUCCAGUUGAUGUGUGUGAUUUGCUCAUUAUUUGUAGAACUUUUUUUUCUUGCCCAUGUCAAAUUGCACUUUACAAAACUAUCAGCAGUAUAAGAAUUAGUUAUUUCGCCUAUUGUAAUGUUCCACCUGCAAUCUGAUAUUAUUUGUUUCUGCAUGAUAAUCUUUAUUUUUUUUUAGUUUGACUGCCUCAAGAACUGUAUCCCUGUUGCCUCAAAUCUGAAAUCAUCUGUAUUCUGUAGGUCAUUACUUCAAUUCACAAGAAUGAAAUUAAAGUCAAUGA